UUGAUUGUCGGACAGGGGUAAAUAUUAUUCUUGUAAAACUUCCGUAUAUGAAACUUUAUAAGCUUGUGCAGUUGUGACCUUCAAUUUUGGUGUCCUUGAAUGACCACAAAAUCGGGUGUGAAUGUUGUUCCAAGUUCUAGAUGUGCAUGUUAUUACCAGGAGUUUGGAUCCCUCACUAAUUGCGCAAUGAACCGUAUCACUUGCCCUGGGUACAAACCAUUUGGAGACAUUUAAACUUGUGUAUGUGAGGGGAUAAUGCACAUCCACAAGUUUUACCGUAAUACUAUAUGCUUUAUCAGUGAAACUUGUGACUUCAGUUGUUGUUGAAAUUGAUAAAUGUGGUGACCUAAUAUUAUAUGACAUGGGGAAUGUGAACCGACACUCGGGGCAGUCAUCUCACCCUACCCCAGAGUCCCAACCCUCAGGGAAAAGACACAGGAAAACACAUCUUACUAAAUCAGUUGAUAAGUUGCUGUACUUGUUGAGUCAAGGAUGUAUGCUACACAAGGUAAAAGGUGGGGGCUUGCUGUACCCGCGGACAUUCUAUCUCGACACAGAGAAUAUGGUGCUGAAAUAUUCGGGGUCUGAAAAACGUUUGAGGAAAAAAAGAAUAUCAUGGCCUAUAUCAAAGAUCCGAGAAGUGAGAGAGGGAGAAAAAGACUAUUCCAAACGCCUGGACCCAUACGAUAGGGGGCGUUGCCUUGCUGUAGUGUUUGGGACAAACCAUGAGGUCCUGUAUUUGAUGAGUGAAACCUCUCAGAUGAGGGAUGACUGGAUCAAGGGACUCCGAUUCGCUCUCCACAUGGAUCAGUACAUGGAUCAGAAACAGCAAACUGAUAGAUGGAUCAGAGAAGCUUUUCAAAUGGCUGACAAAAACAAUGACAGGAGUCUGGACUUUGAAGAAAUUCUCAAAUUAUUGAAACAGCUAAACGCAGAUAUGGACAAAAAAUAUGUUUUGGAACUCUUCAAUAAAGCAGACACAACUAAAACUCACGGUAAGCCAGUAUUAGAUGCUGAGGAGUUUGUCCGAUUCUAUCACAUGUUGACAGAGAGACCGGAAAUAGAUGAAAUAUUCAUGAAAUACGACGAUGGCAAGGGAUAUUGGACGUUUUCUGAUCUGUGUAAAUUCUUCUAUCAUGAACAAAAGCUUGAUUUGACAGAGGACCAGUCUAAAGAACUAAUAGCAGCCUUUGAACCCCAGAAACAGCUGCAGUUAGAGGAGCACCUCAGCCCCAUAGGGUUCAGAACACUUCUUGCCAGCAAUGACCAACAACUUUUUAACCCCAUUCACAAACGAGUGUAUCAAGACAUGACUCAACCUAUCAUCAACUACUACAUCAGCUCAUCUCAUAACACAUACUUAACAGACGACCAGUUACGAGGACCAAGUCGAGUGGAGGCAUACAUCACAGCUUUGUCCCGAGGCUGCCGAUGUGUCGAAUUGGAUUGUUGGGAUGGACCCGACGAAGAGCCAGUUAUUUACCACGGUUACACCCUCACCUCAAAGAUCUUCUUCCGCGACGUUCUAUCCGCCAUCAAGGAUUAUGCCUUCCAGUCUUCACCACAAAAUCCGAACAGCAGGUAUCCUGUGAUAUUGUCCAUAGAAAAUCACUGCUCAGUCAAACAACAGACUGUCAUGGCAACAUACAUCAGGUCUAUUUUUGGAGACUUGUUAUAUGCCCCAGAAGAAACUCCAAAUAGAAUUCCCUCCCCUCAUGACCUCAUGGGAAAAAUUGUUAUCAAAGCGAAAAAAAUGGAUUACCCAAAAAUGGGAAAAAAACUUCCUAACAAUCUCAGCAAUACAGAUGAAGGUGAAGUCAGUGAUGAGGAUGAGGCAGCAGACGUUAGCAACGAGUCUGUCAUACCUCCCAAAAAGGACUCGGGUCACAAAAUCAAACUCAGCCCAGAGUUCUCGGCUUGUGUUGGCUUUAAGGCUGUUGGAUUCAAAGGAGUAGAAGAAUCCAUAAAUUCGAAGGGAAUAUUUGUGUCCCUUGGAGAAAACAAGGCCCUGAAGUUGAUAGAUAAUGAUAGAGAUGGGGUCAUCAAGUUGAACCAGCACAUGUUAGUGCGGACGUACCCAGCCGGCAGUAGGACAGACUCCAGUAACUACAAUCCUGUGCCCAUGUGGAACGCAGGGUGUCAAGUGGUGGCCCUGAAUUUCCAGACCAACUCUGAACCAAUGCAGCUGUUGCAAGGCAAGUUCAUGGACAAUGGAGGAUGUGGCUAUCUGCUGAAGCCAGGAUUUUUGUUGUCAGAUGACAGAUCAGCAUCUCCACGGACAUCCAGAAAGAGGCUGAGCAUUACAAUUGUCAGCGGUUACCAGCUUCCUAAGCCCAAUGAUUCUAAGAAGGGGGAGAUAAUUGACCCAUUCAUCAAAAUAGAAGUACAUGGAGUGAAAGAAGACACUCAGCAGUGCAAGACGAGCGUCAAAGAGAACAAUGGCUUUAACCCACGCUGGGAUGAACACGUUUCCUUUGUCAUCGGUCAGCCUGAUCACGCCAUCAUCCGAUUCGUUGUUUAUGAUCACGACAGAUGUGUUGACGACUUCAUUGGAUAUUUUGCUCUCCCAUUCCAUUCAAUCCAAGAGGGUUACCGCCAUUUUUCUCUCCUGAACAAACACGGAGAUAAGAUCCCAAUGGCUCUCAUACUGCUUAAAGUGGAGAUCAAGGAGGCUUGAUUCCCUUUCUUCAGGUGUUUGGGUCAUGGAAUUUAUAUCAUCCACUGAAGAUGCUUUUUCCCCCACCGAAACACAAAAGAGUUUGUCAUGAUCAAGGACCAUAACUGUGUUGCAUUCAUGCUCAUCAUAUUCAUAAGGGACCAAAUUGAAUCCAGUGAAUGGUGUACAAUGCUUUAAUUUUUUUGUUGCAUAUACAUAUUUGUUUAACCAGAGCAAUAGAAUUUAUAAUGGAUAUAUUUGGUUGUGGUAAUUUGAUCUCUUCUUAAUUUUGUGUACUUAAUUUAGGAUAAGAUUUUAUAGUACAUGUAGGUUGUUAAAUAUGCAUUUAUUUUGUGUAUUUAUAGCAAUACAUUAAUCAUGAAAAAUAUAUGUACGUGUAUAUUUAAAAAAUCUUGAAUUUUUUUCUUGAUAUGAUUUUCUAUCGUAUCUUUUUAAUUGCAAUGAAAUUACCUUUUUAAAGAUGGACAGAAUUGAACACUGUAUAUUCCUUUGAUUACAUGCAUAUAUUUGAACAAAUGUAACAUGGCUGGCUUUGAGGUUAUUGUUAGAUGCUUUGCUUGGUUACAUGUCUUGAAAAUCAUCCAUUCAUAUACAUGUAUUAUAACUAUUCUCUGUUUAAAGGGAUUCAGUGAUUAUAUUUUGUUUCUUUCUAUAUUAAAUUUUGAAUAAAUUUCAUCUUUUUCACAGAUAA